AUGCAGCGAUUCGGCCAUGACGUCCGGGUUGUGCACUUCAUUGGCUUGUCGAAGCCGUGGCACUGGAACCGCACGCCUGGCGGCGGCCUGGUUGCCGAUGCCCAAGUCUCCGAGCGGUGGCGCCAGCUGGUGAUGCUGUGGUGGCAUAUCCACGACGAGCAUGUAUCUGGAUGGCGGUACUGGAAGGGCCCGUUCGACAAGGAUCUGGCCAUGGGCAAAGGGUACCACCAUAUCACUGAGCCGCUCACCCCACCCCCGCAAGCCGACGUCCCUCAGCAGCAGACUGGACAUGGUAUAUCUGAUGUGCCGAGACAUCAGCAGCACCAGCCUGGUAACGAUGACAGGGCACAUGCCGAGCCUGAGCACCAGCCCACCGACGAAGUGCCAGACUGGGACAAGGACUGGUCAUGGGCGAAUGACCGUGUGCAUCCCUUUGACUAUGCGUAUCUUGCCGGUCAUAUCGACACACCCGCCCAAGCUAGCGAUGGCUUCCAGCAGGAACCACAGAAAGAGCAGCACCACAGCCAUGAGCAGCAUCCCAGCCAUGAGCAGCAAGUGCAGCACGACCAGCCGCAGCAACACCCCACGUCCUCCGAUGACCAGAGUCACGGCAAAUUGCCACAGCCUGAGCAGCAAGCAUACAGACAGAUCUCUGAGUUAUUUGUUCGCAGCUCUAGUGAUGAUAGCAGCCAGCAGCAUGGCGUAGUUGCUGACACAUACCAGCAGCAUUACGAGCAGCCCAAGCCCCAGGGUGCGCCAGAGUGGAUGAGCUCACAGCGCCCAUGGGAGGACGUCGCGCGCGAGGGGUGGAUGCACCACGACGAGUAUCAGCCGCACUCAUACGACCAGUCAUUUGUCGAGCGCCAUAUUGACCAGCACCAGCAGCCGAUUAGCAGCGGCUAUGUGUUCCCCCUUCAGGAACUGGGCCAUCAGCACCAGGAGCAAGAGUUUGUGCCAAGGUCGCUCCUACCCCACCAGAACCUGUAUGAAGCGUCGCAGGUUGUGAUGGAGCCUCAGUACCGUCCUCGACAGCAAGAAUACCACCAUCAGCAGAAACAACUGCAGAACCACUACCAUCAUCAGCACCAUCGCUCGGAGUACUACCAGCAGCCACGGCACCACGAGCAUCGCCAAGAAUACCAGGGGCACCAGCAGCAAUGGCCAAGUGGUGAGCAGUACACCGAGCCACAUCAGCGCUCGCACAGCAUGCACAAUAUUGGCCACCACCAUCACCAAUACCAAGGGGGUCAUGAAGGCUACAACGGCGAGCAACAGUGGUACCAUGACUCAGGCAGCAGCAAUGCUGGGCCACAGUAUGGCCAGGGUGGCCAGCACCAGCGCAGCCCGAGCCAAACUCAGAGCAUAGACCACAGCAGCCGCAGCGGUGAUUCUCCGCUCUACUACCCGCAACCCAAGACACCCAUCAUCGUCAACCCGGUCGCGAUCUGGGAGUCAAGUGAGGAACAAGCACGGCGCCGUGCAUGGGCUCAGCGGGUGCGUGCACCAAUGGAGACUCCACAUGCCACCACCGAUCCAAUCCUGGGUCACUCCCAGCCUGGAGCUGCUGUGGCUGCUGCAGCAUGGGGAGGUGCUCCACCAGCAGCCGAGUACGCGGUUCCACAUGUCAUGGAUCAGAUCGAUAGCAGCCAGCUGCCGGCUGAGACGCCGUGGAAGAUCAGCCAUGUGCGCCAGCGCAACCGCUCCGAGGAUGGUGGUAUCCCGCAGGCGCCCGGCGGUAUGCAGUUCAAGGAGGGUGUGGCCACUGAGUCCAAUGCGCGCGAUGCUGCAGGCCAGUUCCUGCAGCGCUGGCACGAGGCAGUGGUUGCUCGCAAGCUCCACUCGCAGAUCGACGGCAUUGAUGUCGAGCGCCUUGAGCACGGUGUGCCCAGGUUUGAGCGCGGCACAGACGCAAUCAGACUCGAGACCACCGUGUCGUGUGAGGCUGAAGACUCGAAAGGUGAGCGCACUGUCUACCGGUUUACCCUGAGCUCAACGCUUGAUAUUGGCGGGGCCGCACAGCAACAGCAGCAACAGCAGCAGAUGCCACAGAUGCCCACCCAGCCGGGCCCAGCUACGCCGGCUGGCGGUCCCGGUGGCUCGCAGUUUGUCAUGCCAGCGGAGCAUGGUACUGGUGUAGGUACCACUCAGCAAGACAUUCAGCAUGAUGUGCAUGCGUAUUGCAACCCCAACACGACAAAUGGCACGGUUCUUGCCGAUAGCGAGGAUGCCAAUGUCACUAUUUUGAGACAGCCGGUGAACUACGAAGAGCCGACUAUCUCCCGUCGCUCAAGCUUCGUGCAACAGCAGCCCGGCAGCCUGCGCGGGAUUCCGCAAAUGGUCAACCGGACAGCCAGCAUGGACCAUAUCGACCAGUUUGCCGAAGCUGAUGCCCGCUACUGGAAGCUGCACCGCCAGCUCAUUGACAUCGAGAUGAACCAGCGCCGGCAGGACGAGGUUGCACAUAUUGGCGAAGUCCAGCAGGACCGUCGGGCAAGCGAGGGCUGGGAUGAGGUGCAGUCAGAAAAGAUCGAUUUGAGGUCCCCGCCCACGCCGACUAUCAGGCUCAAGUCUACGGCAGGGUCAACUGGGUUUGGAAGCUAUCGUCGCCCUUCAGCAUUUAGCAUCGCUGACCCAGCUACGUUCCAGCAGCAACAGCCUGAGGAGGAAAUGCUGCCUGUUCCAGCUAGCCGUCCCCAGGGUCGCCGCCUGUCUGCCGAGACCACUACUCGGCCGAGCUACACCACCCUGUCACCGAAUGCCCCAGUGCCCAUGUCGCUUGAGACUUCAGUUGGCGAGAGCCCAACCAAGCAUGGAAAGCGGGGCGACACCGGCCUGACGCUAAAGCGCCGGAGCAAGAGCAGCCCGCGUCUGGCAAUGGAGAAUGCGCGGUACCACGCACCCACAUCACCACUGGCACCUGCAGGCAACACUACUGGUAGCCUGCUGAUUGGGCAUAGUAGCAGCGGCGGCAGCGGUGAGGGAUUACAAAAGCCCUCACCUUCCGACGAUUCGGCCAAGGCUUCUGGCACUGGAUCGCGGUCGUCGCGCGUGCCGUCACGCAGCCGGUCGUUCAGCGCUCUGCGCAAGAUUGCAACUCACAACAGUGCCCAGGCUGCAACCGUUGUGUCGCCCGUCCCCCGCGCUGACCCUCGUAAGCUGAAAAAACCAGCCAAACCAGUGUUCCUUACGUCAUCAUCGUCUGAAGACGAGGAUGACGACAAGGGUGGCGAUGAGGACAGCACUGCGCGCUACUUCAAGUCUGCUAUUGGACGUGUCCCAACACCGUACCCGCGUGGCCUUCUUGGCAAAGUCAAUGCUAACGACGAAAACAAGGGCAAAGUCGAGUCGUCAGAGAAGUCAGCAGAAAAGCCGGUGAAAAAGGAAGGCGUGUCGGCUGAGAGCAUGACACUGCCGCUGGCAGCGGGUGGAUCGGACGGCGGCGAUAGUAAAUUUGGCCAUACCCGCUCGUCGGGAUUGGGCGAGACACCUGGGAAGCAAAAGAUGCGACCGCGUAUCAACUGGGGCGAUGAGGAUGACGAGCCAUUCCCGAACGAUGAUGACCAGUCACUUGACGCCCAGUGGCUGCGGAUCAUAAAGGGAGGGCCACCAACGCGGGCAUCAGUCCGCCCGGCAGGCUCGAGCGGAAGCAACACACCACAGGCACCAAAGGCCAACAAGCAUGCUGAAGUGGAUGUCCAGUCGGAGGUCAACACCGAAGUCUCUGUCGUCGUUGUCGAGGACAGUGCACCCGAAACGCCGGCUGCGACCAAGGCUGAAGACGAGGCUGAGGAGAUCAAGGUGGAAGGGGCAAUGCCGGUGACAGAUGCUGCAAUGGCCUGCAAUGAAGAGGAUAAUGCUGAUGAAGCUGACGAAGAGGAACUGGCGCCUGAGGUUAAUACAGAAGAAGCUGCCUCUGCCAGUGAACCUGAAGAGCCUGGCCUCCCCGAGACCACCGACGGCGUGCCCAUCUCGAUCCCCGCCAUUACUCCUCCUGAGCAGCAACCACCCCGUCUGCGCAAGCGCAGCUCUCUGAGUUUCCCCAACCUGAUGGACCGCGAGUUCGAGACAAUCAAUGACUCUGAAGCCGACACCAGCGACAUGGAGAUCCAGCAGCGGUUCUGGUCGCGCGCGAUGAAGCCGAGCAAGUCGGGGUCGUCGACUCCACACGCGCCAGCACGCCGCAAGUCUGUUGUCGAGAUGUCGCAUGACAUUUCAUCCGAGGACCUUGCUGCCUGGAUGCACUGGCGUGACAGCACCAGUCCUGUCAGGAAGCCGAAUCGUGAGAUGGUUGCGGCAGACAAUGUGGAUAGGGCACAGCAGCUUAUUACACCUCCAGUGUCCAAGGGAAGCAAUAUUGACGCUGCUGAGAUCUUGGUGGAUCGUGAAGAAGAUACGGCAACAGUUUCUGGUAGAUGCCUCGACGCGCUAACCCCGCACGAUGAGCUGCAGCUGUCUAUGGGCAGGGCAUACCCCAAGGACGUUUCUGCAGUCAGCUUGCAGCCUGAGGUGCCUGAUACCGAAGUGCCCACUGCUGCCGAUAAGGUGACAGUGCUGGUGGAUCCGAGUACUAAUUGUACCAGCGUGCUGAUACAGAAUGGGGCCCGCAUGACUGGCAAAUGGCCCACCUCGGGAUAUGUCGCUAAUAGCAGCUUGAAUGGCCAUCAGGCACAGAUCACGUCGCUUGCAUCUGGUACGCUUCAAGGAACUGACGCUCUGUUCUCAGGAUCUGAAGACAGAACCUGCCGCGUCUGGGACCAACGGACCAGCCGCGCCGUCAAAGGCAUCCGCGGAUUCGCAACUGAAAUCUCAGCUGUGCAGUUUAUCGGCGAGCACGGCCUAGUUGUGUCUAGUGGCAGCGACUUGUUUGUAUACGACAGCCGCGCCCUGGGUGUGGUUGGGCAAGCAGCAAAGUUUGUAGCACACGUUGACAUUGGGCAGGUCGAGGCGAUUGAUACACGUGGGGACUUUGUGGCAUUCGUCGACGAAGACGGGCAUUUGGGCGUUGUUGACUGCGACGAAGGAACUGUCGCCAGGUUCACAGGCGGGCAUGCGGCGAUGGCAUCGUGCGUUGCAUUCCACCCAGACGAUCUGAAAGUCGCGUCUGGCGGGUUCGACAAGCAGGUUCUUGUGUGGGAUAUGGCCAGCGAGGGGAUUGCACAGAGACUGUCGACGGUCCUGGAAAACGGCAGCUCAGGAAAGUCGAUCAACCCGCCAUUCGUUUACGCCUUGCUGUUUGCGCCGUUCGAGGGUAGUCCAAUUGUCUCUGGUCAUGCGGAUGGCCGCAUCAUGUGCUUUGAUCAGGCUGCGGGUCGCUCGGUAUGCUGGCUCGACUGCCAUGGAUACUCGAUCUCCGACAUGCAGUUUGUGCCAUCGAAUCCCGACCGGCUGGUGACGGCCGGGCUGGACUGCAUGCUGAAGGUGUGGGACGCCGAUGAGAUUGUAGAACCGAACGUCGUGGAUGCUGGAGACCAGAUGCAGGUGGUCUUGGAUGAGGACCCACCGCUGGUAGCUGCUGCUGGUCUGGUGUCGAAGCCUGACACGCUGGCCAUUGCCCACGAGUCGUCGGACAUCUAUGUUGGACAGGAUGCAAAAAUUGGCAUAUACACAUUUGCUGAAUAG